CACGUGACUUCCGGUCGCGCUCGCGCAGUCAUAUUGAGUGAGGGAAAGAGGCGGAUGUGGGGCGGGGGGCGGCCGCUGGGGCGCGCAGUCAGCGUCACCGCGGGGUUCUGGUUCCAGAAGAUGUCGUCCUCGGCAGAAGCCCCGAAGCCGCUUAUCGCCGUCUGUCAGAUGACGUCCACCUCGGAUAAAGAGAAGAAUUUCUCCACGUGCUCACGGCUCGUCCAGGAGGCCGCCGCGCGCCGCGCCUGCGUGGUCUUCCUCCCCGAGGCGUUUGAUUAUAUCGGCAGCAGCACAGAGGAGACCCUCAGCCUAGCGGAGACCCUACAGGGGGACCUCAUACAGCGCUAUAGUGGCCUGGCCAGGGAUUGCGGCGUCUGGCUUUCUCUCGGAGGAUUUCAUGAGAAGGGAUCCGACUGGGACAAGGAUCGGAGGAUCUCCAACUCCCACGUCAUCCUGGACGCUGCAGGACACGUCAUAUCCGUCUAUCGUAAAUCCCACCUGUUUGAUGUGGAGCUGCAGAGUGGCAUCACCCUGAGGGAGAGCGCAUUCACCGUCCCCGGAGCUGAAAUCGUACCACCUGUCAGCACCCCGGGGGGGAAGGUUGGUCUCGCGGUUUGCUACGAUCUGCGGUUUCCAGAGAUGUCUUUGGCGUUAUCCAGGGAAGGAGCGGAAAUUCUUACGUACCCCUCGGCCUUUACCGUUACCACUGGACUGGCGCACUGGGAGGUGUUACUGCGAGCCCGCGCCAUAGAAAACCAAUGCUACGUGGUGGCAGCGGCACAGACUGGUGCUCACAACCAACGCAGAACGUCCUUUGGCCAUGCCAUGGUUGUAGAUCCGUGGGGGGCGGUCAUAGCGCAGUGCACAGAGGGGACGGGAACGUGCUAUGCGGAGAUCGACCUGCUGUAUCUGCAGCAGGUGCGGAGGGAGAUGCCGGUACGGAGUCACCGCCGCCCUGACCUAUACAGCUCCAUCACCCAGAAGACACCAGCUGAAUAAUACACCAGUAUAAUAAUGGACACCGAGCACGUUAUGAUUGGCGACCGUAAUCUGUGCACAGGAUGAAUGGAGACGAAAUAAAUGGAUUUCUUGAUUUCAAAUUGGA